AUUUAUUCCCCCUCUUCACCCAUUUUUAGAAAUGUGCGCCUAUGUGUGGUUUGGCACGGUGGUUUUGUCCACAGCUUUUUGGCGUCCCUUUUUAUUUGCCUUACGCUGGCACGUUCAUUUGCUGUCCUCUUCCUCUCAGGCCCCGUGCAAUGAUUGCAUUCCAUUCUUUUUCAGGGGGGGGAAAAGACAGAGUUGUUUGGAGGGAACAAUGACAAAAAAUAAAGCGGAUCUAGUGGUUGAAGAAGAAAGAAAAAACGACCGAGCGCAUUAUGCACUAACAGGUCCUGGAACUUAUCUCUCCCUACCCCUGUUUUCUUGUUAUUUUCGUUAUCUAACUUCUCUAUCGCUCUUUUAUCUCUACUGGCUUUGCCGGCUAGGAACGGGCACAUUUGGACGUGUGUACUUGACAAAGUUCCGCCAUAACCAGACGUUUUAUGCAAUGAAGGUCCUCAAAAAAUCGGAGGUCGUGCGGCUGAAGCAGGUCGAACACAUCAAUUCCGAAAAGCAGAUCCUCUCUCAAGUUCAUUUUCCGUUCAUCGUCAACCUGUUCACGACAUUUCAGGAUGAUCGCAAUUUAUACAUGCUCCUGGAAUAUGUCAUUGGAGGCGAGCUCUUCUCUCAUCUGCGGAAGGCCGGUCGAUUCACGAACGACAUGACGAGGUUCUAUGCAGCGGAAAUCGUACUAGCCAUCGAGUACAUGCACGAAAGGGACAUCAUUUACCGCGAUCUGAAGCCAGAAAACCUGCUGCUUGACUCUGCAGGACAUGUCAAGAUCACGGAUUUCGGCUUUGCUAAACGGGUAGAAGACAGAACGUGGACGUUGUGUGGAACGCCCGAGUACUUGGCGCCAGAGAUCAUUCAAUCAAAAGGACACGGCAAACCAGUUGACUGGUGGGCGCUGGGCAUUUUGAUCUUUGAGAUGCUGGCAGGGUAUCCACCGUUCUUUGACGACAAUCCCUUUGGUAUCUAUGAAAAGAUUCUGGCCGGAAAGAUUUAUUUCCCAGCACACAUUGAUUCGGCAGCGAAGGAUUUGAUCAAGAAACUGCUUACCGCUGACCGGACCAAGCGCCUAGGGAAUCUCAAGGGAGGAUCGGACGACAUUAAGAGCCAUAAGUGGUUCAGGGGCGUGGACUGGCAAGGACUGAUGGACCGGACGGUAGUUGCACCAAUAGUACCGCCCUACGUCCAUCCAGGCGACACUGGCAAUUUCGAAAAAUACCCCGAGGUCGUUGACGAGGAUGCAGGGCACAUGGGCGACCCAUAUAGAUCGUACUUUGUCAACUUUUGAGGAAACAAAGCGCCAGACAUCGAAACGGACUACUGAGGCAGACUUUUUUUAUUUUACAACCACCACCACCACCACCACCACCCCAUUUUAUUCUCCGCAUCGAUACCACCUCAGUACGCUCCUCCGAUCGGUCAUUCAAUUGACAACGCUAUUU